GCGGGUGGCGCUGCCAAAAAACCUCCACCGACGUAAGAGCGUGCGCAGAGCUUGGUCGCAGGGCCCUCGCGACGUCGCGACCGGCGGGGCAGCGACGAAAGCAGCGCUGACGCCCGUCGACGCGCUCCCUGACGCGGGCCAGGAGCGAGGAGAGAGCCCUCGCCCCACCAACCAUGGCCCAGAUCCAGGUCGCCGUGCGGAGCCGGCCCUGGACGCGGGAGGACCGCCUGGGCGUCGACAUGCAGCAGGUCAAGCCCGAGGAAGGCAGCAUCGAGCUGCUCAACUCCGAUUACAGCACGAAGUUCUUUAGUUUCAACUACAGCUGGUGGACGGCCUUCAACUGGAAGCACUACUGCGACGCCAAGGACAGGGGCUACUGCGAGAACAUGUCGGUCGUGAGCCAGGACGACGUCUACGGGAGCGUCGGCGCCAAGAUCAAGAAGGACCUGUACGACGGCAACGCCGUCGUGCUCUUCGCGUACGGGCUGAGCGGGUCGGGCAAGACCUACACCGUCUUCGGCACGGACGACGUCAAGAACAAGAACAGCUGGUUCUACCACGAGACGCCCCACAGCUCCUGGGGCAUCCUCCCGCGCCUGGCCUGGGACAUCUUCCAGGACCGGAAGGACGGCUGGAAGGUGACGAUGAAGUACUUCCAGAACGUCGUCGAGACGGUGCGGGACCUCGCCUCGCCCCAGGCGACGGAGAAGGUCUACAAGGAGGGCAUGCGCAAGGACCAGGACGGCUUCAUGGACAUCCAGUGGUGCCAGAGCACCGUGCUGAACAGCUGGGGCGACCUGCGGAAGGCCUUCAUCGCGGCGAACGCGCGGAAGGCCAUCGCGCCGACGCAGUUCAACCCGCAGUCGACGCGGGGCCACUGCAUCAUGACCAUCGAGGUGCUCAUGCCGGACGAGCAGGACCCGUCGAUCAAAAAAAGGGGGCGGGUCUACGUCUGCGACCUCGCGGGCACGGAGCCGGCGGGCGACAUCUACUUCGCGAACUACGAGAGCGUGCAGAUGGACGACGGCACGACGGAGCAGAAGCUGGUCGGGCCCCACCAGGACCAGGCCAAGACGAAGGAGCUGCGGGCCCAGGGCAAGAAGAUCAACCUGUCGCUCUCGGAGAUGGCCAUGUUCUUCAUGAAGAUGGCCGAGCUGACGCGCGCCAAGAAGCUCAAGCCGGGGGCGUCGAUCCCGGGCAACAACACCUAUUUUUUGUGCAAGUACCUGAAGGACACGAUGCUCCAGGCGAAGACCUACCUCCUCUGCGCCGUGCGGCCCGAGGCCGCGUACCUCAAGUACACGUUCAGCACGCUGGGCUUCGCGCGGAACGCGUCGUGCGUCCGCCUGAACCCGAAGAAGGCCACGACGGCGGCGUCGGCGGCGGAGCGGCGCCUGAUGGCCGAGCUCGAGAAGUACAAGAAGAUGGUCGCCGAGCUGCGGGCCGCGGCGUCCUCGGCGAGCCCCGAGGAGGUGGCCAAGCUGCAGGCGCAGCUGCUCGAGAGCCAGACGGCCCUGCAGUCCGCGGUGAACGACGGCGGCGAGGAGGCCGCCGCCCGGGCCGCGGAGCAGAAGAAGAAGGAGGAGCAGUACCGGCAGCGGGGCAUCACGCUCUUCGAGAACGUGUCGCCGGACCAGCUGGACGCGCCGUACCUCGUGAACAUCGACGAGGACGAGUUCCGGUCGCGGCGAUUCCUCUACGCGCUGCGGGAGGGCUCCACGGCCUUUGGCGCCGACGGCGACUGCCGGCCGCCGUCCUUCUCGGUCGUCGCGGGCCACUGUCGCAUCGAGCGGGAGGGGCUCGCGUGCACGCUGGUCGGCGGCCAGGGCAAGACCUGGGUCGCCGGCAAGCAGGUCGACGAGGGCGAACGGGUCCGGCUCGAGUGGGGCAACUGGGUCAAGAUGGGCAAGGAGUGCCUCAUGUACCACGGGCCGGGCCACGCGUGCACGGUGGAGACGGACCUCACGGAAGUCUUUCGGGACGUGAACAAAUGCACGAAGCUCCAGGAGGCCGCGGAGAAGGUCACGCGGCCCGGCAUGAUGAACGUCCUCAACAGGCUGCGCGAGCAGUCCGCGGAGAUCGCCGACGCGGAGACGGCCCAGUCGCCGCACAGGAACGCGGCGAAGACGGUCGCGUCCUUCGACGAGCACGAGGUGCUGCGCGUGCUCCAGCUCAUCAAGGACGCGCGCGAGGUCUGCUGCGCCUUCGACCGGUCCGUCCUGAAGUUCGAGGUCGUCCUGUCGCGCGUGGCGAACUCCGAGGGCGAGCACGGCCGCGUUUUGGUGUCCGUGCUCCACGAGUCGACGAAGCAGGUCUGCUACCUGAACGAGAGCGAGUUCACGAGGACCCUGCAGAUGCUCCAGGACGAGAAACUGCAGGUCGUCAUGGCGCUCGAGGCGCACGAAGCGUACACCGUGCCGGACGCGCACGACCCCGUCGCGCUGUUCUUCGAUCACACGUUCCACUACGCGUCGGGGACGCACCUCUGCGAGUACGUGGGGUACGGCUUCGACACCGAGGACGAGGACAAGGACGUGCGCCUGAACGCGUCGGCGUCGCCCUACCACGACUGCGGCGUCCUGAACAUGGAGUGGGUCCCGGCGAUGGAGAACUUUUCGGACCAACCCGACGUCGAGGACUUGUCGCAGUUGCUGGGAAGGCCCUGGCAGUUCAAGCUCCGGAUCAAGAACGCGGCCCUCAAAGUACGGGCGUCGCAGUCCUACGUGUCCUACGUCUUCCCCAACGAAAGCGGCGACCUGGAGCGGUUCGCGACGGACGUCUGCGGCCUGCCGACGAUGACGCCGGAGUUCCACUACGAGCACGUGCACUACAUCCCGAAGGUGACGCAGGCAUUCCUGGACUUCAUCUCGGGGGACGGCAACGGCAUGGACUUUGACGUGUACGCGUCGGCGACGUACGCGCUCCCGGAAUCGAAAAUUUCGACCGCGAACUCCGUCGUUUCCAACGCGCUGGGGCGCGGCCCGGCGGCGCCGUCCGAGGACUACAGGGCCGCCUUCGACCGGGCCGUCGCCGAACUCUCGAAGGCGACGGGCGAGGAGCCGUCUCUCUUGAAACAGCGGCUGCUCGAGGCGCGGGCGCGGGACGCGGCGGUAAGUUGAUAGUUCUCAUGCUCGGCAAAUUUCUGGGCCAGGAGUGAGAGCCCGCAUGCGUCCAGGGCGGCCCGCAGGCGCCGCGCGUCGCCGCCCUUGGCGUUCGUCGGCGAAGCCAUGGCGCGCAGGUGUCGCAAAGCUGGCGAGUAGGGUGUCAGUGUCACUAACUG